AUGGCCCCACCUUUCUUUAACGACAUUUCCAAAGACAUCAACGGUCUUUUGAACCGUGACUUCUACCACGGCACUCCAGCUGCUGUGGAAGUCAAGACCACCGCUCCUAACGGCGUGGCCUUCAACGUCAAGGGUAAGAGCUCCCCAAAGGACGGCUCAAUCGCCGCUAACGUGGAAGCCAAGGUCUCUGACAAGCCAACCGGCUUGACUUUGACCCAGGGCUGGUCUUCCACCAACGCUUUGGACACCAAGAUCGAGCUUGCUGAGCUAACCCCAGGCUUGAAAUCCGAACUGGUCACCUCGUUCGUGCCCAACGCUUCCAAGGCCGCCAAACUAAACCUCAGCUUCGUGCAGCCAUUUUUCACUGCCAGAGGUGCUUUUGACUUGCUCAAGGGCCCAUCUUUCGUCGGUGACCUCACAUUGGCCCACGAGGGCUUCGUCGGUGGUGCCGAAGUGGGCUACGACAUUGCUGCCGCAGCUGUCUCCCGCUACGCCGUCGCUCUAGGCUACUCUGCCGGUGCCUACUCUGUUGCUUUGUCCAUCAACAACGCCCAGCUAACCACCGCCUCGUUCUUCCAGAAGGUCAGCCCCUUGCUGGAAGUCGGUGCCAAGGCCGUCCUAAACCCACAAGCCGGCUCCAACGUCAACAUCGAAUUCGCUUCCAAGUACGCCCUUGACCCUACCUCUCAGGUCAAGGCCAAGGUUGCCGACUCCGGUAUUGUUGCUUUGGCCUACAAGCAGGCAUUGAGACCUGGUGUCGACCUCGGUGUUGGUGCUUCUUUCGACGCUCUAAAGUUGUCUGAACCCGUUCACAAGCUUGGCUGGUCCUUGUCCUUCUCUGCUUGA